ACCAACGCUGCGUACGUCUUGUUCUACCACCGACAAGACAAGAUCAGGAAGCCCACGCUGCCCGCCCCCAGCACAAGCCCCGCCCCCUCCAACGACAUCACUUCCUCCAACGACACAGAGCUGGGCGCCGCCGCAGCCGCCACCUCCUCCUACGUCACCAUGGAAACGGACUGAACCAAGCCUCCAGAUUUGAGUUUGAUUCUAGUUUUGGGGUAUUUCUUCUCUUUCGGCCGUUUUACUUUUUGUUGUUUUUGCUUUCUCUGAUUACUUCUUCUCCGUCGCCACGGAAACAACUUCUCUCGCUCUGAACGCUGAGUAAUCUGAGUAAUCUGAUUACUCUGAGUACUCUGAGUACUCAGGACGGCAGUUACAAACACAUCAACACCAACGUGAACAACCUCAAUAUUCACAGAAAUCAGAUCCAGAUAAAUCAUUAAUAAUAGAUAAUAGAUGAGGCGUGCCGGGGAUUGUGGGUAAAUCGAGGCGUGCUGGGGAUUGUGGGUAAUUCGAGGUGUGCCGGGGAUUGUGGGUAAUCAGAGGCGUGCCGGGGAUUGUGGGUAAUCAGAGCAGAUCAUUUAAAAUGCCAGGAUGUAAAGU